AGAUAAGGAAGAGGACAAAGAUUGAAGUUCAGUGUGGAAAACAUGCACUAGGAAAAGGAGCUGAACUCUCAGUCUUUCCAGAUUUAUGCUAAAAUGACAGAAGCAGAUUUAUAUGACGUGUAUAAAGGAGUCUUUGUUCCGAAAGCUUUACAUCCUCCAGACAGCCUGAAAUAUUAUGAAGAUUUCACAUUCCGCCCAGACGACGUCCUCAUCGUCACUUAUCCUAAAUCUGGCACAACAUGGAUGCAGGAGAUUGUUCCUUUGAUCCACAGUGAUGGAGAUCUCACUCCAGUGCACACUAUACCAAACUGGGAUCGGGUUCCAUGGAUGGAGGAGCACCGGGCUAAGAUACUCAAUCUAGAGCAAAGGCCCUCUCCACGCGUCUUUGCGACCCACUUCCAUUACGGCAUGAUGAACGAGUCAUUUUUCAAAGUCAAACCAAAGGUCAUCUAUGUAAUGCGAAACCCGAAGGACGUGUUUACUUCCUCCUUCCACUACUAUGGAAUGGCCUCAUACCUGGUCAACCCGGGCACUGCCGAUGAGUUUCUGGAAAAGUUUCUGGACGGCAAAAUAAUGUUUGGUUCAUGGUUUGACCAUGUAAAGAGCUGGCUCAAGGCAAAAGACCAAGAUCGCAUUUUCUACAUUUCAUAUGAGGAGAUGAUAAAAGACUUGAAAAGCACUGUCACAAAAAUAGCCCAGUUUCUUGAGAAGCCUCUGAGCCAAGAAGUGAUUGAGAAAAUUGCAGAGAAUUGUCUGUUCAAGAACAUGAAGCAGAACAAGAUGUCCAACUAUUCUCUGGUUCCAGAAGAGUUCAUGAAUCAGAAAAAGUCUGAGUUCCUCAGGAAAGGAAUAGCUGGUGACUGGAAGAACCUUUUCAGUGAGGCCCAAACCGAGAAAUUUGAUAAUGUUUAUAAAGACAAGAUGAAAGAUGUGAUCUUUAAAUUUGUUUGGGAUUAAAAAAAUUCAUCAUUCAGUAGAAUUAAGUGACACAAUAUGGUUUGUUCAAUUUGUAUUGAUUUUUUUUAUAGACCCUGAGAUGUGGGUCAUUCAUAAUCAAGGGUGGAAACAAUACUAAGGGCAAUGAUUUUACUCCAAAUUCAAGCAGGAUAUAAUAAUUUUAUAAUAAAUAAUUUGCAAAACUAA